AGCCAGGAAUUCACUACCAGUAACACAUUCUUCGAUAUACCCCUUAAAUCAUCAUGGCCCCUCUUUCUCACGUCGUCUCUGCUGCUCUUCUCGUGGGAGGUAUUAUAGCAUCUCCGACUGGAAACGAUUGCGAGCAGGUCACCUCAUACGUACUCACCUACAAAGACAUUGGCUCGAGUGCUUUUCCUAUCUUAAACCCCGUGUUCCCGCCUACCCCUUACAAACAGCUGAAGUACUCGGGUCUCGGAGUCAAAUCUGUCGGUGGGGCUCUCAGCCCCAACCUCCGCGAGAACGACUUCUUGGUGUACGGCACCAUCACCACGGCCUCGACACUGGAGAGCCCGUUGAUCACCAAAGACUAUGAAGGGUCAAAGGUGAAGAGCUUUGAGCUCGAGACAUUCGACUUCCAGUGUGUUCGGACUGGUCUCGAGAAUGAGAAGAGGCCUUGCAAGCUCACCAUUAAGGGAGUAGACGUGAACGGUAACACCAUCACUGAAGAUUGCCCAUAUGACCCCAUGGCUAUUGGAGGAAACUUGGCAAAGUGCACCCUUGUGAACGAGAAGAAUCUCAAGAGCGUCAGCUUCGAAACCACCAGCACUAUCACAGGAACAACCAUCACGUACUUGACGGCCAUGGACAACCUUAAGGUCAACGUGAGGGCGUCAACUUGUUGAGUGAUCAAAAUCUGAAAAACCUCUCUCUGUUCUUGAAUUUCAAGUCUCGAAAAGUAAAACUGCGAAAGGGAACGAUAACCAUGGGAAAAUAACUUCUCGAAUUUAGGAGCAAAGUCGCAUCUACGAACAUUACUUAGAAUGCGUUUGGAGAGGAGGACGUGGAUGAAGCAUCCUCGUUGUGCUAGGCGUCAUC